UUGCGUGCUCACGUGACAGGUCCGCGAGGCCCGGCUCUUGCAGUCGUCCAGGCCGGCGAAGAUGGCGGCUGAGAGGGAGCCUCCUCCGCUGGGGGACGUGAAGCCCACCGACUUUGAGGAGCUGGAGGACGGGGAGGACCUGUUCACCAGCACUGUCUCCACCCUUGAGUCAAGUCCAUCAUCUCCUGAACCAGCCAGUCUUCCUGCAGAAGAUCUUAGUGCAAACUCCAAUGGCUCCAAACCUGUAGAAGUCAUGCUAGACGAUGACAGAGAAGAUCUUUUUGCAGAAGCCACAGAAGAAGUUUCUUUGGACAGUCCAGAAAGAGAGCCUAUCAUCUCCUCUGAGCCUUCUCCUGCAGUCACCCCUGUCACACCUACUGCACUCAUUGCUCCUAGAAUGGAAUCAAAGAGUAUUUCUGCUCCAGUGAUCUUUGAUAGAUCCAGGGAAGAGAUUGAAGAAGAAGCAAAUGGAGAUAUUUUUGAUAUAGAAAUUGGUGUGUCAGAUCCAGAAAAAGUUGGUGAUGGCAUGAAUGCUUACAUGGCAUAUAGAGUAACAACAAAGACUUCUCUUUCCAUGUUCAGUAAGAGUGAAUUUUCAGUCAAAAGAAGAUUCAGUGACUUUCUUGGUUUGCAUAGCAAAUUAGCAAGCAAAUAUUUACAUGUUGGUUACAUUGUGCCUCCAGCUCCAGAAAAGAGUAUAGUAGGUAUGACCAAAGUCAAAGUAGGUAAAGAAGACUCAUCGUCCACUGAGUUUGUAGAAAAACGAAGAGCGGCGCUGGAGAGGUAUCUUCAGAGAACAGUAAAGCAUCCGACCUUGCUACAGGAUCCUGACUUAAGGCAGUUCUUGGAAAGCUCAGAGCUGCCGAGAGCAGUUAAUACACAGGCUCUAAGUGGAGCAGGAAUAUUGAGGAUGGUGAACAAGGCUGCCGACGCUGUCAACAAAAUGACAAUCAAGAUGAAUGAAUCGGAUGCUUGGUUUGAAGAAAAGCAGCAACAAUUUGAAAAUCUUGACCAGCAACUUCGAAAACUUCAUGCCAGUGUUGAAGCCUUGGUCUGUCAUAGGAAAGAGCUUUCAGCCAACACAGCUGCCUUCGCUAAGAGUGCUGCCAUGCUAGGUAACUCUGAGGACCACACUGCCCUGUCUAGAGCUUUGUCUCAGCUUGCAGAGGUUGAGGAGAAGAUAGACCAGUUACAUCAAGAACAAGCUUUUGCGGACUUUUACAUGUUCUCAGAACUUCUUAGUGAUUACAUUCGGCUCAUUGCUGCAGUAAAAGGUGUGUUUGAUCAUCGGAUGAAAUGCUGGCAGAAAUGGGAAGAUGCUCAAAUCACUUUGCUCAAAAAACGUGAAACUGAGGCAAAAAUGAUGGUGGCAAACAAACCAGAUAAAAUUCAACAAGCUAAAAAUGAAAUAAGAGAGUGGGAGGCGAAAGUACAACAAGGAGAGAGAGAUUUUGAGCAGAUCUCUAAAACAAUUCGAAAAGAAGUGGGAAGAUUUGAGGCAUAAAGAGUGAAAGAUUUUAAAUCUGUUAUCAUCAAGUACUUGGAGUCAUUAGUACAAACACAGCAACAGCUGAUAAAGUACUGGGAGGCAUUCCUACCUGAAGCCAAAGCCAUUGCCUAGCAAUAAUGUUAUAAGGAGACAUUGGAUUCCUCUGUGAGAUCAUCUAGAAACCAUCUAAAUAAACCACUAUAUAUUUUAUGAAUUACAUGUGGUUUUUUUAUAUAUAAAAACAUAUGCUCUGACAUUUUAUUACAAGCUGCAUGUCCUGACCCUCUUUGAAUUAAGUGGACUGUGGCAUGACAUUCUGCAAUAUUUUGCUGAAUUGAACACUAUUGUGUCUUAAAUAAUUGCACUAAAAAGUGCACCGCAAGGCCAGAAAUUUUACAAUCUUGUCUUUUAUGUUCUGUAGUAUGUUUACCCUCAUUAUGAAGCAAAUUAGCAAAUGCAUUGAUUAAUGUUCACUUAUACAUUCCUGUACAGAAAUUAUGAUUUUGUGAUUAAAGUAAUAAAAUAUUACUUGUGAAA